AAUUCGAAGAUUGUGGUGUUAAUUGAUGUUAUCAUUAUCAUAUGUGAAUGAUUUACUGAUGGAAUGGACUACGUAUUCUAUUUUUGUUCUUCAGAUAUAUUGAAAAUGUAAUUGUGGUCAGGUAGAUGGCUGGGGGAUUCAGCAUUUGUGUUUCAGUGUUAUGGGUUGUUUACGUGCUAUCUACUCAUUUUUUUUAUUAUGAAAAGCUCAACUCGAAAUUUUUUGGACUUGACGGAAUAUUAAAGAAACCUUACGAUGGUAACUUAGCCAGUGAUAAUGCUUUUUUCACAUACGUUCAAGUAUAUCCCCUCAGACAGGGAACAUCAGAAAAUCAGACAGACCAUGCACACUCAUCGAAUUCGAAUCAGCUUAAUCAUGAUUUUAAUAUCUCACGUAACCGCCAAGAAAACAAUGAAAGGCCUAGGCGAUCUAGACCAAUAGCACAAUGCACUGAAAUAUGUACAGGCAUAAACGACCAACAUGUUUUAGUUUGUAACGGGCAGCAUAUACCACGGCAGCUUCUGAACCUACCACCACCUCCACCACCUGUGAACAUUCCUCGAUUAUCAUCAACUGCUAUCCUGGAAAACCCCCCAAUGCAGACACCGGAUACUUCAGUUGUUGGUGAAUUUCUGACCAUAAUGGCAUAUACCAUGACAGAAGAUGUUUGUCUCCGAACCAUGCUUAGAACCUCAUUGAGAAUUGUUGAUCAGGUAAUUAUAUUACUCUUUAUUACAUCUUCAACAGUGAAAUACUGUUCUUUAUUAAUGAAAAAAGUUAUAUUAUUUCACAGUGUGAAAGGAUAUUAAAGUGAUAUUUUGUUACAGUGUGAAAUCAUUUUUGUCCCCCGCAUUUGCGAAAGAGAGGGGACAUUAAAAAUAUCAUUUGUCUGUCAGUCUGUAGCUCUGUCCAUCCGUCACAAAAACUUUUACCUUGGUCAUAUCUUUUGAAUGAA